UUAUGUAGCGCGAGCGGCGGUUAACCGACACUGAGUAAAGAUGGCGGCGGCCCGAGUCCUUCAGAGCCUGGGGAAGAGCCUGCAGCGGGCCAACAACGGGCUGAGGCACACACAGCAUGCGGCUGUGACCAUCAGAACCCUGUCUGCGUCCUCGAACCGAAACCGUGAGGACAGCUGGUUCAAGUCUCUCUUUGUGCGGAAAGUCGACCCCAGGAAGGAUGCACACUCUCACCUGCUGGCCAAGAAAGAAGAGCAAAACCUGUAUAAAAUUCAGUUUCACAAUGUCAAGCCAGAGUGCCUUGAUGAUUAUAACAAACUUUGCGAACAAGUCUUGCCAUCUAUCCAUGCCAACCCUGACUAUUCGUGUGAGUUGGUGGGCACCUGGAACACCUGGUAUGGAGAGCAGGAUCAAGCAGUGCAUCUUUGGCGAUACAGAGGAGGCUAUCCCGCCCUGACUGAUGUCAUGAACAAGCUUAAGAAGAAUAAGGAGUUUAUGGAGUACAGAGAGAAGCGAGGAAAGAUGCUGCUGUCUCGUAGAAAUCAGCUGCUGCUUGAGUUCAGCUUCUGGAACGAGCCUGUGCCCAGAGACGGGCCCCACAUAUACGAACUCAGAUCCUACCAGCUCCGGCCUGGAACGAUGAUCGAGUGGGGAAAUUACUGGGCUCGGGCUAUUGAGCUCCGACAGCAGAACAACGAGGCCGUGGGAGGCUUUUUCUCUCAGAUCGGGAAUUUGUACAUGGUACAUCACCUGUGGGCGUAUAAAGACCUGCAGUCGAGGGAGCAGACUAGAAACGCAGCCUGGCAGCAUGAAGGUUGGGACGAAGUCGUCUACUACACAGUUCCACUGAUUCAGCACAUGGAAUCGAGAAUAAUGAUUCCGCUGAGCACUUCACCCCUGAAGUAGCGUCGCCGUGACGACCCCGACAGAAAGCUACAAAUCAAAGCGUUUUUAAAAACGGAUCACAAACCGAGAUUCAGUCAGAUUUUGCACCGCUGUGUUUUGGGAGGGGGGUAAAAAAAAAAAACAACUUAAAAUUUGUAGCAUUGUAACUUUUUUUUUUUCCUUUAUUUUUACUUACAUUUCCUUAUGUAUGUCUGAUUAGAAACUGCGGCCAUUUUGAUCCAAAUCUCUCAACAAAACAGAACUUAACUCUGAACAGAUGCAGAACUCUAGAACUCUAAAUCUUUUUUUUUUUUUGAUAUAAAAUCUCCCACAAUGAUUUGCUUUUGUUUGAUUCUCCAGUUAUUUCUUGUUACCAUGGAUACAGCGGUUACAUCACUUGUGUUGUUCACAUCAUAACAAAUUGGCAAUGUUUUCUUUCAAAUCUAGUCAGGAUGUUUUGACUCUUACUUUAUUUUGAGAUGUUUAUUUAAAAAAAAAAACUUCCAGUAUGCUUGUUUUUUUGUUAUUAUGUGUGUGUGUGUGCGCGCGCAUACGUUUGGAGGAGACUCCGGUUAAAAUAUCCUGAUCUGGAACUUUCUUGUCUUCAUAUUUACUGUAGUUCAGUUUUAUAACAGGAAGUAAUGGAUCUGUAAUAGAAACUGAAGGGGUGUGUGUGUGUGUGUGUGAUUUAUUACAGGUAGUGAGAGACUUGUAUGCAGAAAUAUAUGUCUAAAAGAAAUGCAUAAAUUGAGUAUAUAGUGAGGUUAUAACAGAAUAAUAAAAUAAAAUGAACUCAGUUUGCCAGAUGCUGGUUGUAGAUGUGAGAAAUGCGCUGGAAUUUAUAAACUAGAUUGGAAGAGAUACGAAAGUGAAAAUGGUUCAAGUGCGACGUCUUCUCCUUAAAAGUGAGUCUCAUUUAUGUCAGUCCAAUAAAUUUCACCUUAUUUUCUUUCGUUUGCGGCUGUGGUGUUUGUCCGUUUCAGGUCAUCGAUCAGACAAACGAAUCGUCGCCACGUCUUUUGUUUCAUCACAUCGUCAAUGAAUUUAUGAGAAAACCUUCGACUUCAGGAGAACUGACAAACCUCACAAGCUGUUGUUCUACUCAGAGAUUCUGUCUGGAUGAUGAAUGAAUUCAUACCUAAUAUUUAAUGUGGUUUUAUUUAAUAUCCACUGCUCUGAGAAGAUUAGCUGUACAUACUGAAAUAAAUUUAUGAUUGAA